AUAUGUGACAGAGUUUGUGGACCUGGGUAAUGUCUCAGCGUUGAGAACAUUCAGAGUUCUCCGGGCAUUGAAAACAAUAUCAGUCAUCCCAGGCCUGAAGACAAUCGUAGGAGCUCUCAUUCAGUCAGUGAAGAAGCUUUCAGAUGUUAUGAUCUUGACUCUGUUUUGUCUGAGUGUGUUUGCACUAAUAGGAUUGCAGUUGUUUAUGGGUCAUUUGAAGCAUAAAUGCUUGCUUUGGCCUCUGACUAACACUUCUUAUAAAGAUCCACGCUUUAUGGAAUACUACAAUGGAACUGAGCUCAUGUGGUCUAAAUAUAUUGAUAAUAAAGAACACUUUUACUUCUUGGAAGGUGCAAAGGAUGCCUUGCUCUGUGGUAAUAGCACAGAUGCUGGGUAA